UAACAUGGCUGUUUUUUGGUUAGCUUUAUGACAACGCUGAAUAAUAAUCCGACCUUUGUUCCUCGUUUUUCAAACAAUUACAAGGCAAAAGCAUAAAAUAUUUGUCGAGUGAGUUAUUUUGAAACUGAGCAGCAUGUUGAAGAACGCGGUGACUUUGGUGACUGGAGGCGCCUCCGGGCUGGGAAAAGCAACAGUCGAAAGACUCGUCCAACAAGGAAGUCGUGUCAUUCUCUGCGACUUGCAGUCUUCAAAGGGCCAAGAAGUUGCAAAAACGCUUGGCGAAGACAAAGUUUUAUUCGCUCCUGUUAACGUAACUUCCGAAAGCGACGUCCAAUCAGCCUUAGAUUUAGCCAAGCAAAAGUUCGGCAAGCUUGACAAUGUCGUGAACUGUGCCGGAAUUGGCGUUGCCUUCAAAACGUACAAUUUCAACAAAAAAGCUGCACACAGUUUGGAGGAUUUUGCCAAAGUUAUAAAUAUAAACACAAUUGGCACAUUUAACGUAAUUAGAUUAGCUGUGGGCCUGAUUGGCGAAAAUCAGCCAAAUGAAAGGGGGGAACGUGGAGUGGUGAUUAACACGGCAAGUGUGGCCGCCUAUGAGGGACAAAUGGGACAAGCGGCUUAUUCGGCAAGUAAGGGGGCCAUCGUGGGAAUGACUUUGCCCAUAGCUCGGGACUUGGCAAGUCAGGCAAUAAGAGUCGUGACCAUAGCCCCUGGCCUAUUUAGGACACCCCUAUUUUCGGCAUUGCCUGACAAGGUUGUAAAGUUUCUGGAAAAGUCUGUACCUUUUCCGUCUCGAUUGGGCGAUCCAGCAGAAUUUGCCCAUUUGGUGCAAUGUAUCAUCGAAAAUCCCAUGUUAAAUGGCGAGACCAUUAGACUGGACGGUGCUCUGCGAAUGCAGCCGUAACUUUUGUAAUGAAACGAGGAAUAAAGAUUGAAAAUAUUUA